AUGGGGCUCUACGAUCCGUUCGGUUGUUGUGCCUUAACUUUUUCACAGGUUAUCCAGUCGCGAACACUGAGCUGCAUCAUUAAGGGCAUCAUGAAUACACGCCAACAUACUACUGUUACAUCUACUACUUGCUACUGGUUAAAGGGUACGUGUACUCCGGCCCUACCGUCUAAUUGUCUGAAGGCCUCAAUCCGUCGGGUCUCUCAUCUGCAAAUCUGGGCUCUAGAUCGCCCAUUACGGAGGCAACCUGCUCUGCGGCCUCGAAGUUUCUCAUUCGACACUUCACUUUGUCCGUUCUCGAUCUCUACCGCAUGCAUUGACCUAUCGCCUAGCUCUCCGACACUACCCUCUCCCCUGCCUCCGUUGCUAUGUUUCCCUAUCCUCGAUAUCGCCCGCCUGACCACCUUCUCUGUGGUCGUGAUUGAACCUGGCAAGUACACAUUACGCCGCCCGUCACUCCUUUCGCCGGCCUUAUCUGCUUCGGCUCGUUUCGGCACACCAUUUUGCCUCCGCCCUCUUUCAUGCCACCCGGCCAGCUUCUUCCCUCUUUUAUGUUGCUGGCCUCAGUUCUUCUUCACCCGACAGCCAGCUCCAUGGUCAUAUCGCCCCCCUCGUCGUGCACUAGUUCGUCUUGACGAAAGUUUUGUUUGUCUGCUCCUACCGUCCAAACAAUGUGCAGCCACCUUCAGAGUGGCAGACAUGUUUAUGCCUGUCGAGGUGUACAUUUGA